AUGUCUGCCAACAGCUUCUACUUUGCCGGGCAGCAACCCGCCUCCUCCCAGGCGCCCGGCCUGGCCUUCAACGCCGCCGGCAACGUCAACGCCAACAAUAAUAACACCGACAGCCUCGCCUCCAACAAUCCCUUCCGCAACUAUCGCGCCACCUCUCCCGGCCUCCUCGUCGACACCUCUUCCUUUCCCACGACGCCCACCUCCCCCUUCGACGACCCGAUGCCGUCCCAGCGCCCUGUGUCGAGGAACCCGUUCCUCGACCAGCCUCUUGCUCCGCGGCCUGCCGACGUCGCCGCCGCCGCUGGGCCCAAGACGCAGUCUCUCACUGCCGAGGAAAUCUUUGGAUCCUUGACGCUCGAUGACACGCCUGCUUUUUCAGCCAAGCAACCCGUCGAUCCACAGCUGAUCAAGAAGCGCCCUACCGACCGACCCGCGCCUCCUCGCCGUGAAAGCGAGAGCCAGGUGUCUUCACGAGCUGCUGACAAGCACCGCCCAUCUCGCUCCCAGGAAGAGGCCCUGAGGGCUCGCAAGCCGCCUCCGCGGGACGCAAAGGGACCGACGACCCGCCCGAGCCUUCUGGACGAUUCGCCGCCUCGCAAGCCCGUGCAGCGCCGCCCGAGACGCAACUCCGACUCGUCAGUCAUGGACUUUGAUAGCAAGUCCCUCACGGCCGAGGAGAAGCGCAUGAUUGAGGCCAAACGCCGCGAGCGUAACAAGAUGAAGUCGACACGUCCCAGCCGCAAGAUGGACAUUAUCGAUCAGCUGGACGCCACCAGCAUCUACGGAACAGGCUUGUUCCACCACGAUGGACCCUUUGAUGCUUUGAACCCUCAUCGUAACAAACAGAACAGCAAGAAGCUGUCUCCGAUGCAAGCAUUCCCCGAGGGCUCCCUCAACAACACUCUCGGCGGCUCCGGCCCCCUCAAUGCCCAGGCCGAUCACUCGACCUUUAUGGGCCACGGCAAUGAUGAGGCAUUCCGUGACUUUGCAACCAGCGGAAAGAGCAAGAGCUCGAAAGAACCCGUCAUCUUUGAUCCGCAGGCUCGCGCACCGCUGGUGCAUGGCGACGAAAGCCACGGCUUGGGUACCUCAACCUUCCUUGAGGGAACGCCGGCUGCUCGAUCAGCCAUUGUCCGCCGACAGGCAGAGCAGGCUCAGGAGAUGGCCGAAGGCGGCCUGCAGCGGAAGAAGUCUCUGGCCCAGAGAAUCAGACAGAGAACCAGACCCGACUACAGCAACAGGCCCAUGCCCGGCCACGGCCGCUACGACUCGGACGAUUACGGCUUCAGCGAAGAGAGGAUCACGGUGCCCAAACCUCCCCCGCGCGAGCAAGAGCGCCGACUUUCGCCGCCCCCCAUGCCACGACGAAACUCCGGAAGUGCUCUGGAGCAGCGCUCUAGCGCAUAG